AUGGGUCAAGUAGGCCUCGCAGGUGCAUUCGCAGGUCUUACUCUUUUCAACAAUGCUACCGCUGUCUCAUUUGACCCUUCUACGUCUUCUUUACUCUCUCGCACUGGGGAAGGUGCCCUAACUACCAUUGGAACUACGAAUGCAGGCGGCUCAAUCCAAUCAGGUUGCGCUAUCAAUGAUAUCUUCUACUUAGCCGGGUCCUUCUCAUCUAUUGGCAAUACCUCCGUGUCCGCCAGCAACAUCGCGUCAUACUCGCCUUCUUCAGGCGUGUUUGCUGCGCUCGGCUCCAAUGGUCCUAAUGGUCCAAUAUACUCGCUUUAUUGCGACGUAUCCCACAGCCAGCUAUGGGUCGGUGGCCACUUCACGUCGCCCAGUUCAUCUGUAGCUAUAUGGGACACCAAGUCCAACUCUUGGUCUGCGCCCCCAUUCAAAGGUUUCUCAGGUGAUGGCGGAGAAGUCCUUUCCAUCACCUCUAAUGCCUCAGAAAACAGUCUCUUUUUUGCUGGUUCAUUCCUCACUUCCUUCGCUGCGAAUGCCACUGCGCUAAAUAACACCAACAAUCCCAAUAUCCCUUAUUCUCCUGGGGCUACGCCAUUCUCAUCAUCACUUGUCCCCGUUCCUCUUGAAGGCGCGGAAAUUCUGGGCCAACCAUCAUCAUCUGACCCUCAGUUCAGCAACAUCCUCAGUAUCCUGUGCCCUGCUGGUCCGGAUGGACCUGGCAACACGUGGUUGGCUGCGAACGGGAAUGGUGCUGUAAUUACUAUCCGCGACUUCUCGUCUAUCAAUGCCUAUGGCGUUCGCCUUGGCAACACGUUCCAGAGUGGAUUCGGUACGACGACUUUUAGUGUCACUUCCAUCCCAGACAAUACCGUACAGACGCUGUCAUAUGUCAACACAUCGACUGGACAAAAUAUGACAUGCACAGCUGCCUGCCCUUUGUCGACCGAUUCGUCAAUCUUAUACCAGGACUUCAUUUUCACCGCGCCGAUGAUGUUGACCGGUAUACAGAUCACUUUGUCAGGUUGGACGGGUGAAGCUCCUGGUCUGCACAUGCUACAGCUCCUUUCCUCCGGCUCGUUCGCAUCUAGCAGCGGGAACUUGAAAUCCUGCUUUGCACCUAAUCCAUCCAACACCACUAGCACAGGCCAGUGGAAGCCCCAAAAUGCUGUCACCGAUAUCCCUGCAACACUCCAGACUGUCCUAGUCUCCACAGUGGCCGUCGGCACUUCCCCCUCUGAGGCUCCCAGUUUCACCUGGCAGCCCUACGUCUCCGCGUCUGGACAGUACGACGUAUACCUUGUCAUUCCGGGUUGUGCAGACUUCCAAGACUGUUCCCUCCGCACAUCCGUCCAAGUCACCGUCUUUCCAGGUGGUGGAACCCAACCCUGGGUGUCUACUGUUUCACAGCAGGUCCAGUCUGACACGACCACACUUGUGUACAGUGGUCCGAUCGUCCCCUCGUCCACAGACUUCGUGACUACUGUAUCCAUGACGCUUGCGAAUAACCCUGAAGGUAGUGGUCAGAAUGGGCAGUACGAACUGGUUGCCGGAGAUGUCGCAUUGGUGUUAACCUCAGCCAGUGUGACAUCGGCGGCUGGGUCUGGGUCAUCUGGGUCCAAUACAACUAGCAGCUCCCAGCAUGGCUUCGGUUUCUUUGAGUGGCCGUUGAGCUCCAGUGCGAGUAUUGAUGCUACCGGAACCAUUCCCAACGCAAGCAAGACUCCUUUGGACGUGAUAUCCAUUGAUCUCUAUAACGCUUUGGGAGCUACUACUUCUACCACUACAUCCAUCACGACGGUCGCUCAGCACCCGUCUGGCACUGUUUACCUUGGUGGCAAUUUCCAGCUUAUCUCCGGCUCGAUAAACGGCGUCUCAAACAUCGUUGCAUUCAAGAGUGGGGCGUUGAUCGCCCUUCCCAAUAACGGCCUGAAUGGGCCUGUAACCUCCUUCGUGUUGAGCGGCAAUGAGCUCUACAUUGGUGGCUCUUUUACAGACACCAGCACAGCUUCCACGCAGAACAAACUCAAGGGUGUAGCUAUCUACGAUGUCAGCUCCAAUUCAUGGAAGGCAAUGGGCGCAGGGGUCAACGGUGUGGUAACUGGCCUUGCGCUCGCUAACGGGCAAAUUGUAGUCGCAGGCAAUUUCACCGAGGCGCUCAAUUCGUCGACUGCUGGUAUCACCGCUGGUGGUUUAGCCACAUGGGAUGUUAGCACUGGUUCAUGGGUGAACAGUGGUGGAUUUGUAAUGGGCAACAUGACAUUCAUCGGCAACGGCACUUUGCCUGCCACGGGUCAGAAGCAAACUCAGUUCGUCGCGGGGAAUGUGGGUACUAUGGCAGAGUAUGGUGCUAGCGGCCUUGUGAUGUUGUCCAGUGGUGGAAGCACGGGCCCUUUAGUGACACCUAUGGGUAUCCAGCUUGAUAGCAGUAUUGUGAAUGCGUCUUCCCUCGCGACCGUAACGAAGCGUCAUCCCCAUGUCCGUCGCGGACCAUCCGCAUGGAUACCUCACCUCAAUAUUGGAACCUUAUUCACUCGUCAGAGCGCAACUUCAAGCGCCUUGCCGCCUUCCCUGCCCGCUCCUGCUCCCGCUGUCCUCGCUGGGGCAUUUUGGACGAAUGUUUCCACUUCCCAUCAGGUAGCCAUCAUUGGAGGCAAUUUUUCGUUUUCUUCCUCCUCUGCGACCUCGUCCGCCGUUGCCAUCUAUGAUCCCGUUACGUCUUCAAUAUCCGCGCUCGCCGGUGCUCAGAUCAAUGGCGUCGUCCGUGCCGUUUAUGUUGAUCAGAAGCAACAGCUCUUCGUCGGCGGUGAAUUCAACCUCACUGGCACCACAGCAAAUGGACUGGCCCUUUACGAUCUAUCUGCUCAACAGUGGGAUACAUCCUCUAUGCAACCAUUACAACCCUCUGCAGGAUCUUCGGUCGUUAUUCGCUCGAUAACUUCAUCAACAUAUAAGUCCGGUUCCGUCAUUGUCGCUGGUUCGUUCGCGCAGGCAGGCUCUGUGUCUUGCCAGGGGAUCUGUCUAUUUGAUACCGCCUUGAAUCAGUGGAGCCAGCUCGGAAGCGGUAUUCAAGGAGACAUCUCGUCUGUCUCAUAUGCAGGAAGCAACCAAGAAAUUCUGAUUGCUGCUGGAUCUGUCACAUUAUCGGGCGGAUCGACCACCAGUGUCGCACAGUAUGAUUUUGCAAAUUCCACAUGGGCCACCAUUGGCGACGCCGCUGAAAUUCCAGGACCUGUAACGGCAGUGACGGUCAACAAUGGCAAUUCUUCCAGCAUAUUUGCAGCUGGUCGCACCACUGAUGGUUCCUCACCGUUCAUGAUGUUUUGGGACGGUGUCUCUUGGAGUAGUGUUACAUCUUCGCUUCAGGGCACCACCAAUAUUUCCCAGCUUCUCAUGGUUCCAUUGCUGAACACGCACUCGGCCAACAGCAUCAUUGAAUCUGACCGGAUGUUGAUGAUCUCUGGUGCGCUGUCAGACUCAUCGUUCGGUUCCGCAUCUUCUGUUCUCUUCGAUGGCUCUUCGUUUAUUCCUUACAUGGCGACUACGACUGCUCAGGGAGCAUUGGGCACAAUUUCUUCACUGUUCUAUUCACUCGCAAGCUUUAGCUUCACUCAACAACAUUUCCUCGCAACCGGUAUUGUCAUUCUCAUUUCCAUUGCCAUCGCAGCUGGGGUUGUGUUCCUGUUGGCACUCAUUGGCAUCCUCUGGACCCUGCUAUCUCGUCGCGAUGAUAGAGUAGCCAAGUAUAACGCCAGCGACGAUGAUGACGAUGAUUCAGUCCAACACCGACCAUCAUCAUUACUAGAGCACAUCAACGCAGCUACUAGAACAACGAUUCUUGGUUCCGUGAGCCCAAUGAAUACUAUCGGCGCCGAGAAGGACGAGGCCGCGAGAGAAGCCACCACCACAGAGCCCGAUCCAUUUGGACCAGAUGGUAGUAACUAUUUGCGAGCUGAAACUCCCUCGGACGCGGUCGUGGGUACGAUGGCUGCUGAAGAGGAGUUCAGUCGUCCUGCACACGCUCGCUACUCGUUCGAUGGAACGGGUGAGGGCGAACUACCUUUGACGGCUGGGGUCGAGGUAGAAGUGUUAGAUGAUCGGGACGCUGCGUGGUGGUACACACGGAAUCCACAAACAGGCCAGGAGGGCGUGGUGCCCGCGGCUUAUCUGUAUUGA